GUCGCGCGGCGCUCCCCGCGCGGGCCGUGACGCGCGCGUGACGCAGGCGCGCAGCGAGCGCGUGACGCGGUCCCGGUCAGGGCGGGCGGGGCCGGUUUGAACGCGGGGCCGACGGGGCGAGCGCGGCGCAGAAAAUGGCAGUGAAUGUGUAUUCUACUUCAGUGACCAGCGAUAACUUGAGCCGACAUGACAUGCUGGCGUGGAUCAAUGAGUCUCUGCAGCUGACGCUGACCAAGAUUGAGCAGCUGUGCUCAGGUGCUGCAUACUGUCAGUUCAUGGACAUGCUCUUCCCAGGUUCUGUAGCCCUCAAGAAAGUGAAGUUUCAAGCAAAAUUGGAACAUGAGUACAUUCAAAACUUCAAGGUUCUACAAGCAGGUUUUAAACGAAUGGGUGUUGACAAAAUAAUUCCUGUGGACAAACUAGUGAAAGGAAAAUUUCAGGACAACUUUGAAUUUGUUCAGUGGUUCAAAAAAUUUUUUGAUGCAAACUAUGACGGGAAGGAGUAUGAUCCUGUUGCUGCUCGACAAGGCCAAGACACAAUAGCACCAAACGUUGUUACUCCAGUUGUGAACAAAACCAGGAAAUCUCUCGGUACUGGCAGUGCAGCCCCGCAGAGGCCCAUUGUUGCACAGAGGACCCCAGCAGGUCCCAGAGCUGGGCCUGGGAUGGGCAAAAAGGGUGGAGGAGACGAUGAAUCAGCGGGAUUGAUCGAGCAGAUCAAUGCAUUGAAACUUACUGUUGAAGAUCUGGAGAAGGAGAGAGACUUCUACUUUGGCAAAUUGAGGAACAUUGAGUUGAUCUGCCAGGAGAAUGAAGGGGAGAAUGAUCCAGUGUUGCAGAGGAUUGUGGAAAUUCUUUAUGCCACAGAUGAAGGCUUUGUGAUACCUGACGAAGGAGCACCGCAGGAGGAACAAGAAGAGUAUUAACAGACCACAUACUGUACCAGCAGAGCAGCAACAUCAGAAUUCUUUGCCCCAGAUCAUGUGCUUAACUGUAAAAUACUCCACUUUAUUCUUA